AUGGAGCCUGAAAGAUCAAAGCCAAACCACAACAUCUCCAUGCUAGGGUUGAAAUUGAGAAACCAGAGAGUCAUGAGAUGCGCCAAUGUGACUACCCUCACCACCAAUAAUUCCCAACAAUCUUUGUCUGCAUUCAAUCAACAACAACAAGCUGAUGAUCGAUCUCAAGAUUUCCAGAAGCUCAUGACUGAUCUCAAGGUUUCCACUAGCAAGCUCAAAGUUUAUAGCUUUGAAAAAGCGAGACCCACCGUACCUUGGAAUUUGAGGAUCGAAAGAGCUCCCUACAACCUCAGACACCAUGCCAAGCUCGUCAACUCCCCGAUUGAAAUUGUGGAGCCUAGAAACAAGAAAAGGGAGGAGGAGAUCAGUGAGAGGCUCAAGUUUUUUGUUUCACACUCGAAGGGAGAUGUAGAUCAAGAUUUCUUGGCUAUGGUUGGGUCCAAACCUCCCAAGAAGCCCAAGCUAUGGCCUAAAAGUAUGCAUUGGCUAUUGGAUGUAAGUAAUAAUACAAUGACCACCCCAACCACCGAUCCUUCCCAACAACAAUCUUUGUUUGCCUGCAACGAACAACAACAACAAGCUUAUGAGCGACCUCAAGGUUACCAGGAGCUCAUGACCGAUCUCAAGAAAUAA